CAUUUUAGUACCAUGCUUGAAACUAAAACUUUAUAAAUUUAAGCAGCAAAGCACUUGUUUCCCUCACAAAGUGUUGAACUUCCUCUGCUUCUCCAAAAUGUAUAGCCAAAGAAAGAAACCUUCACUUUUGCUUGCUCUUUCAGCCAUUUUCUUGCUCACAUUCUUCUCUCUUCCAAAUUUAUUAGUAUCAACUACACAAAAUCAUGUUGAAAAAAACAUCCAAAUUGCAAAUUCUCAUUGCCAAGGCACACUUUACCCACAACUCUGUGUUUCCACUCUUUCAUUAAUCCCAGAUCUUCACAAAAAAACAAUUCCAGAAAUCAUCUCUUCCAAUGUCAAUGUUACUGUCAAUGAAGUCAAAGCCUCUGCUGAAAAUUGCACUAACAUGCUUCACCACAUGUCCAAAUUGGACCCUGUAGAGAAAAGGGCUUUAGAUGAUUGUAUUGAACUCUUGGGUGAUAGUACUAUUUAUGAGUUAAAAACCACUCUUGAUGAUCUUUCCACCAAAAAUAGUAGUAAUUCACCUGCAAAGCACUACAAUGAUCUCCAAACACUUCUUAGUGCUGCAUUGACCAAUCAAGACACUUGUCUUGGUGGAUUUUACAAUAGUAAACACAACUUGAGUCAUUACUUUGAGAAGGAUUUGCAUACCAUAACUCAACAUGUGAGCAACUCUCUUGCCAUGCUCAAGAAGUUAAAGACUGGGUCGGCUCAAAGGUCGUCAUCAAGCUCUAAUGAAGUCUUCCCAGAAUACGGGGCUAUGAAAAACGGAUACCCAAAAUGGUUGAAAAAAAGGGACAGGGCAUUAUUACAAGCUCCAGUUAACCAAAUUAAGUUCAAUUUGGUUGUGGCUAAAGAUGGUAGUGGUAAUUUUACUACUAUUAACCAGGCAUUAAGUGCAGCACCAAAUUCUAGCACUACAAGAUUUGUGAUUUACAUUAAGGAGGGAGUUUAUUUCGAAUAUAUUGACGUUGAAAGGAAAAAAAGUAUGAUAAUGUUCGUCGGAGAUGGCAUCGGAAAAACACAAAUAAAGGGUAAUCGGAACGUCGUGGAUGGGUGGACUACUUUCCGAUCAGCCACCGUUGCUGUGGUGGGAAAUGGAUUCAUAGCAAGAGGCAUCACAUUUGAGAACUAUGCUGGACCAAGCAAACACCAAGCAGUGGCACUAAGGAGUGGCUCUGAUCUCUCAGCAUUCUACCAAUGCAGCUUCGUCGCAUAUCAAGACACCCUCUACGUCCAUUCCCUUCGACAAUUCUAUCGUGAAUGCGACGUCUAUGGAACUGUCGACUUCAUUUUCGGCAAUGCAGCUGCUGUUAUCCAGAACUGCAACUUGUACGCUCGCAAACCCGACCCGAACCAGAAGAACAUUUUCACAGCACAGGGAAGAGAGGAUCCAAAUCAAAACACUGGAAUUUCAAUCUUGAAUUGCAAAGUGGCAGCUGCAUCAGAUUUAGUCCCUGUACUAUCUUCAUUCAAGAAUUACCUAGGACGACCAUGGAAAGAAUAUUCAAGAACUGUUUUUCUCCUAUCCAACAUUGGUAGCUUAAUUGAUCCUGCUGGUUGGUUAGAAUGGAAUGGUGAUUUUGCAUUGAAGACACUUUAUUAUGGAGAGUAUAUGAAUAGAGGACCGGGUUCGAAUACUGGUGCUAGAGUGAAAUGGCCCGGAUAUAGGGUCAUUAAUAGUUCUGCUGAGGCCAGUCAAUUCACAGUUGGAAACUUUAUUCAGGGAAGUGAAUGGCUACCAGCUACUGGGAUGCCAUUUUAUACUGGCUUAACUUCCUCGUGAUACAGACAGAGGCAAAUACAAAAUUUUAAGUCAGUGGGUGCAAAGGCGCAAUAUAAGAACAUCUUGUCAUAAAUAAAUAAGCUUUAAGAAUUUUAAUUACAUAUAUAUAAUAUGCUGGUCUGAAAAUCCAAGAUCAGAACGAGUUUGCUGGCGGA